CCCCCCGCCGGAAGCGGCGGCGCGCACGCGGCGGAGGACGGGCGGGGACAUGGCGCUGUACAGCGCGGCCGCCGCCGUCCUGGCGGGGCUGGAGCGCGGCGAUGGCGGCAUCAAGGCCCUGGUGUACAACAGCGGCUUCCCGCGCGUCCGGCAGCUGUACGCCCUGGUGUCCGAGACCCUCCGCUACUCCCCGGUGCUGGAGAAGCUGCUGGCCGGCGCCGCGCUGCUGCAGGCCGAGAAGAAGCUGCCCCCGCAGCUGGCCAAGGUGCUGGUGUACGACCUGCUCUUUGGUAAGGGCCUGAAGUGCGGGGGCCGCUGGAAGGCGCUGGCCCGGCGACACCGGGCCCGGCUGGAGGCCGAGCUGGCCCGCCUGAAGGUGCAGCGGAAGGUGAGCCGCAGUGAGGACCUCCUGGCCCCGGUGGCCGCAGCAAGCCCCGGAGGUGAGUGGGCCUCGGGGCCGGGUGGUCUCCCGGUGCUGGGUGGCAGUGGUGGGCUGUGUCUGACCUGCCCGGCCCCCCCAGCCUCCCAGGUACCGCGCUAUGUCCGAGUCAACACCCUGAAGACUUGUGUGGAUGAUGUGAUUGACUUCUUCAAGCGCCAGGGCUACUCCUACCUGGGCCAAGCAGCCAGUGUGGAAGAUCUGAGGGCCCUCUCUGGGAAGAAAUUCUUGUUGGAUCUUCAUCUCCCGGAGCUGCUCGUUUUCCCUCCGCAAACGGAUUUCCAUGACAACCUGCUGUAUACUUCAGGGCACAUAAUUCUACAGGACAAGGCCAGCUGCCUCCCUGCCUUCCUCCUCAGCCCUGCUGCCGGCUCCCAUAUCAUCGAUGCCUGCGCUGCCCCUGGGAACAAGACCAGCCACCUGGCUGCCAUCCUGAAAAACAAGGGCCAGAUCUUUGCCUUUGACGUGGACACCAAGCGCUUGGCCACCAUGAACACCAUGCUGAUGCGGGCUGGGGUCACCAGCUUCCAGCUGGCCCAGCAGGACUUCCUGACCGUGGAUCCUGGGAACCCCAAGUACAGCAAGGUGACCUGUAUCCUCCUCGACCCAUCCUGCAGCGGCUCAGGGAUGGUGAACCGGGUGCCAAGGGAAGAGGCUGCCCCGAGUGCUGAGCGGCUGCAGGCGCUGGCCGGCUUCCAGCGCAAGGUCCUGAGCCAUGCCCUGAGCUUCCCAGCUCUCCAGCGCCUGGUCUACUCCACGUGCUCGCUGUACCAGGAGGAGAAUGAGGACGUGGUACACGCUGUGCUGCAGGAGCGGGGCUCGGCCUUCAGGCUGGUGAACGCCUUCCCUUCCUGGCCCUGCCGAGGACUCGCUGCCUUCCCUGGGGCAGAGAGCUGCCUCCGCGCCUCUCCUGCGGACACGCUCACCCACGGCUUCUUUGUGGCUGUCCUGGAGCGGCACGGGGAAGGGGCUGCAGCCCCCAGCUCCCUGCCUGUGGCAGCUGAAGAGAACCCGCAGCACGGAGAGGGAGCAGAGCCAGGAGCAGCUCCCAAGAAGAGGAAGAGGAAAAAGCAGCGGGUGAAGGAGUGAACUAACAUUUUUAGGACUGCACAGUGCCCAGCUGUGGCUGGUGGGGAACACUCCUCCACUGCCUCAACAACAGCGGGGCCUCUGAACACAAGUAAAGCUUUAUGCCAGCUGCA